CAGAGGAAGGGCACCUCCUGUCUCUUGCACAUGGACUAGUGGCGGCCUUGUUCUCGGUGCCCCAAGGCUCAGGCAGGCCCGGGCUGCUCCCGAGGGAGGGGGGUGAGGCCACCGCCCGGGCAGGCUGUGACCUCACGGCCGGCCCGUCGCUUUCGCAGGAGCUGGAGCUGGUGGAGGACGUGUGGCGGGGGGAGGCGCAGGACCUCCUCUCUCAGAUUGCCCAGCUGCAGGAGGAAAACAAGCAGCUCCUGACCAACCUCUCGCACAAAGACGCCAGCUUCUCGGAGGAGGAGUUCCAGAAGCACGAAGGCAUGUCGGAGCGCGAGCGGCAGGUGAUGAAGAAGCUGAAGGAGGUGGUGGACAAGCAGCGGGACGAGAUUCGCGCCAGGGACAGGGAGCUGGGUCUGAAGAACGAAGACGUGGAGGCCAUUAUCCUAGCGUUUCUGGCCUCAGCAGUUCUAAGAAUAAGAGCAGACUUCAAACAAAGCAAGAUGUCUCCGCUGCAGCAGCAGCAGACGCGGCUGAUGAAGAUCAACCACGACCUCCGGCACCGCGUCACAGUGGUGGAGGCCCAGGGGAAGGCCCUGAUCGAACAGAAGGUGGAACUAGAGGCAGAUCUGCAAACCAAGGAACAGGAGAUGGGCAGCCUGCGGGCAGAGCUUGGGAAGCUGCGAGAGAGGCUGCAGGGUGAACUCAGCCAGAAUGGAGAGGAGGAGCCCGAGACGGAGCCGGGCGGAGAGGAGUGUGUCUCAGAGGCGGAGAAGAUGGCCCUGGAUCUCAAGGACCCCAACCGCCCCCGCUUCACCCUGCAGGAGCUGCGGGACGUGCUGCACGAGAGGAACGAACUCAAGUCCAAGGUGUUUUUGUUGCAGGAGGAGCUGGCGUACUAUAAGAGUGAAGAAAUAGAAGAGGAAAAUCGAAUACCCCAACCUCCACCGGUCGCCCACCCGAGAAUGUCCCCCCAGCCGGAGUCUGGGAUCAAGCGACUUAAAGAAGGUCCUUUAAGUGACGGGUUUAGCUUCUUCUCCCGAGAUAAGAAGCGUCUGGCCAACACACAGAGAAACGUGCACAUCCAGGAGUCCUUCGGCCAGUGGGUCAACUCCCACCGUGAUGACGGUUACACGGAGCAAGGACAGGAAGCCCUGCAGCACCUGUGACCGCAGCCCACCUCUGCCUUUGGACCUGAACUGUCCACCGCCAGCACCUGCAGUGGAACCUGGCAGGGGUCACUGCCUUGCACACCUCUCGGUUCAGAUGCACCCUCAAGACUGAUCCCUCAAACAGACUGUCUCCUUUGAGGAAGCACACUGAAAAACUGAUGCCAAACUCUAAAGAAAUGUUUAUUUAUACCCAGGGCUAUCACCGUUUAUAAUAGAUGACCGAUCUCUUAGCAUAUAUAUUUAAUAAUAACCAUGAGCAGAGGCCAGACUUUUGCAUUAACUUCAGUAACACAAGCUUCUUUAAGCCAAAUACAUCACAUGCCACUAUAAUUGCUGUUUGACUUGCUUUGUAUGAAAUUCUGUGUGUAGAGGUUUUGUUCACCUGUUUGUCAUACUUAAGUGGGAGGCAGGGAAGUGGUAUUCAUUAGCUCAUUCAUGGAAUUGUCAGCGGUGGUAGCAUAAUACGUAGGAUGCAUCCAUUAGAUAAACCGGGCCUCCAAAGUCACCAGACGGGCUGGCCCCACUUAGAUGCAAAGCAACAGAAGCUAAGGACCACCGUCCUCCCACCCAGAAACUGGACACAACUUUGCAAGAGCUGGUGGUUCUCUUUUGCACCUUGUUACGGAUACUGCCUAGAGCAUGUAGCGAGUGCCUUGGAAUCGGCUGAGUUAUGCAGUGCUAACCAAACAAAGUUGCUAAGGAUGAGACAUUGCAGCCUU